AUGACUCAAAGAAUCGAAUUUCCGAUCUGCAGCUGCUUAAUAUGGAGGCUACGGUUUCUUAGUCUGUUUAUCUUGGGUGUGACCGACCACGCCACCAUCUGCUGCCUGUUGCAAUCUGUCCUUGAAGGAAGUACCAACUUUAUACAUCUUUCUUACAACAAGUCAAACCAGGAUCAGAGCUACUGUGAAAAAGAAUUCAAGUUAGCCUCAUCUUUCGACUUUUGGACUCUCUCCUCUGAAAAUCUAAUAGCUGUGUUGCCAGUUGAUCCUGUUAAAGAAAAUUAUGUUCGUAAAGUGAAAAACUGUAUUUUUUCAAUUGCCUUCCCUACGCCUUUCAAAUCAAGGACACAUCUCGUGGCAGUUUCAAAGGAAGUUCUCGAAGAUAUUUUGGACCUUGAUUUAUCAGUCUCAAAAACAGAUGAUUUUAUACAGUUUGUAAGUGGUGAAAAGAUAGUAUUUGGAUCCAUUCCAUUGGCUCACAGAUAUGGUGGCCACCAGUUUGGAAUAUGGGCAGAUCAACUUGGGGAUGGAAGAGCCCACCUUAUUGGGAUUUAUAUGAACAGGUUGGGUGAAAAAUGGGAGCUCCAAUUAAAAGGCUCAGGAAAGACUCCAUAUUCCCGAAAUGGUGAUGGUCGAGCUGUACUGCGUUCUUCAGUAAGAGAAUUUCUGUGUAGUGAGGCUAUGCACUAUCUUGGAAUUCCAACAAGCAGAGCUGCAAGGACAUUAUUAGACUUCAUCAUACAGGAAUAUUUCCCCUCAAUCAAUGCCAAAGGACCUGAUAGAUACGUGGAUUUUUUGUCUGUUGUGGUAUCUGAGACUGCACAACUUAUUGCCUUGUGGAUGUCUGUUGGUUUUGCUCAUGGUGUUGGUAAUACUGAUAAUUUUAGUUUGUUAUCCAUUACAAUUGACUAUGGUCCAUUUGGUUUUAUGGAGGCCUAUAAUCCGGAUUUUGUACCAAAUACAUCUGAUGAUGAAAAAAGAUAUAAAAUAGGAAAUCAAGCCAAUAUUGGGAUGUUUAAUUUGCACAAGUUGUUACAAGCUCUAAACCCAUUACUGGAUCCUAGACAAAAGCAAUUAGCUGCUCAGAUUCUUGAUGGGUACCCUGUUCUUUAUUAUACAAGAUUUAGAGAGAUGUUCAAAGCCAAAUUGGGACUACUUGGAGAAGGGAAGGAUGAUGAUGACUUAAUUGCUCUUCUCUUACAUCUCAUGGAAAAGACAGAAGCUGACUUUACAAUGACAUUUCGGCAGCUCAGUGAGAUUACUCAAAGCCAGUUAUUGGAGCUCAACAUUCCUCCGCAUUUCUGGGCACUGAAGAUGAUUUCAAAGCAUGAAUUGUUUCCUACCUGGGUGUCCCGGUACCUUUUGAGACUGAAGAGUAACACGAAUGACUCAGAUUCUAAAAGAAGAAAAAGAAUGAAAAGUGUCAAUCCUAGAUAUGUGCUGAAAAACUGGAUGGCAGAGUUGGCGGUGCAAAAAGCAGAAAGGAAUGAUUUUUCAGAGGUCCACCUUCUCCAGCAAGUUCUUCAGCAUCCUUUCCAGAAGCAUUCUGUUGCCGAGAAAGCAGGCUACUCUUCACCAACUCCUUCCUGGGCAAAAAAUCUCAGAGUGAGCUGCUCGUCGUAA